AUGAACUCGCUCCGCCUGUCUCUCGGGACUAUGCUCUACGAUCGUCUCAUAAACUCAACCCUUGCAUACCUCAUCGUCGGAUUCGUCGUGAACUGGGCUUUGGAGCUCUACUAUGGUGCACGGACGGCCUCGGUUGUCGGUGAUAUAUGUAGCCUUCAGCUCAUCAUAUACAUUCUUCGCCGUUGUGGAUCUCCCUGCCAUGACCGCGAACAUGAAUCGUCUCGUUCUUUACCUUCGGAAGAUGAUUUUGUCUUGCUCGAGCAGAUUUAUAUGCCGGGAACGCUUUGCAUGAAGGCUUUCGCACUAAAUGAUGGCGAGGACAUAUCAAGCCCUUCACUGCUUCGUGACCCUGUCGACCUCAAAACUACGGCACAUUUGGCUUCCACGAUAUCGGACGUUUCUUCAUCCGAACUUCAGUCUGCUUCAUCGUCUGAAUCCGGAUCCCUCAUCACGCCCACCGAUUCCUACACUUCAUGCGCCUCUUCUACUACGGACAACUGGGACGAGUUUUAUAAGCGACGCUCACUCUUCGACAUUCUUACAUCCGAUCCCGUUCGUAGCGACUCCUCUUUCGAGCUUCCUGUCAAAUCUCCCGAAUACCUCCCUACUAGAUCUCCUUCCCACCUUCCCCAAAGCGACAUUCCCCUUCAUCAGCAGCUUCCGCCGGCAACACCUCGCCUUUCCCCCGUUCGUCUUCCAUCUGAUACAAUCAGUCUUCAGUCCACAUACAACAGUACUUUCGCGCAGGGCUCUAUCACUGCUGGCCCUUCUGUGGCGUCUGUGCACACCAUCCGCGCCACCGUACCGCCCGGCCUUACCUUUCGCGACUUCUUUGCCUCUCGCACGUCUGUCGCCAAUCCAGACACGCCGCCUCCAUCAUCGCCAUGGCUUACGGCCCCACAAGGGCGAGGACAAUUCUUUGUUCAAGGCUUGAUCGGCAAAGGCAGCUACGGGAGGGUAGCUCGUGCGGAGGCAUACAUAGAUUAUCGGUACGCGAACGAUGUCGCAGUCAAGAUCAUUCCCAAGAAGGAUAUCACGGAGGAGAUCGAGAUCCAUAUGUGUGUGGACAGGGAGAAGAAGGUCGCUGCGAGAAUGGCGAAGGAGGAUCCGUACGGGAAGCUGUCGAAGUUCUUGUGCAGGACUGAGAUGGUCUUUUCGGACGUACGGAAUUUCUAUGUUGUUUCGAAACUGAAGGCGACGGAUUUCGGGAGCAUCAUUCACAAGCCCAGGCGACGCUGGACCACUCAAGACGUCAAGUUCUGGAUCCAAGACCUCGUCUUUGGCAUACACGAGCUCCAUACACUCGGCAUGAUUCACCGUGACCUGAAAUCCGACAACAUCCUUAUCGACGAACACGGGCGACUCCUCCUCACCGACUUCGGCUGCUCCUUCGUCGCUCCUGGUCGUACUCUCGCUGAAUCACAGGAAAGCUUGCGGGUCGGAUGUUGCGUGGAGGGAGUUGGUGCUCCGGAGUAUUGGGCUCCGGAGGUCGUGGCUGCGCACAAGAGUUUCGAAGGACAGGGGGAGGAUGGGACGGUGAAGAUGUAUGGUCGGAAGGCGGAUAUGUGGGCGCUUGGACUGGUGCUAUUGGAGAUUUAUUUGGGGCAGCUUUAUUUCCUGCCACGAAUGCAAAAGGUGUACACCUGGGAGGAACGAGUCAAUCCUGUUUCGUUCGAAUAUCUUGAUGCGAUGGUGGAUGUAUUCGUUGAUAAGGAUGCGCAGGGUCUGCUUCGUCGUCUUCUCUGCGAGGAUCCAAUGUACCGAUAUGACAGCUCAGAGAUCUUCAGUGAUCCAUACUUCGCAGACACCGAUUGGCCCUGUGAUGCCAACGCCCAGACAACCUUCUACAGACUGGAGAGAAGCCCUCAUGUUUUGACUCGUUAA